ACCCUGCGAUGGAGAACCCCGCCGUCCACCGGUCUGAGGAGACCAACUUCACGCCCUUCACGUUGAGCGGCGCGGUGGGCAGCACCGGGAUGCUGACGUUCGAUGUCUCCGACACAAAUCCAAAGCCGAAGUCCGGUGGAAAGGCUGUCCUCGUGUUGCUGUGCGUGUACUUGGUGAUACUAACUGCGGGAAUCGGAUACGUGGCCUACCGGGAAAUGGCGCUUAAUCAGGAGUUUGCAGAAUUCAGGAAUCAGAUCUGCAGCGCCCGGUGCCGGCACCGAACAAACCCAAUGGAAAGGUUUUGGGGAGAGGAGCCUUCGGUCGGGGACCCCGAGCUGAACGAGACCCUAGACUGGGACGGGGAGACCCGGUGGCUGAGGGCGCUGGAGGCCGACAUUGAACUCAUCAGAGUGAGGAGCGGGGAGCUGGCCACGUCCAUUAACAAUAUAAGUCUGACGCCAGGCCCCCCUGGGAAGGAUGGAGCCCGAGGACCCCCUGGAACUCCAGGUCAGAAAGGAGAAGUUGGAGCUCCGGGGAAGGAUGGUCUGUUGGGUCCUCCUGGGAAACCCGGAGAACCGGGACCAAAAGGAGAUCCAGGGGAGAGAGGAGCCAGCGGACCCCCCGGCGAGCCUGGCACACCCGGAUUUAAGGGGGACAGAGGGAACGCCGGUAUGACGGGAAAUCCAGGUCUUCCUGGAAUAUCCGGCGAAAAGGGGGAGAAAGGAAGUACAGGGCCAAAAGGAGAUUUGGGGCAGAAAGGCGAACGAGGAAUAACAGGGUUGCCCGGGAGUCCCGGAGCCAAGGGUAUCACUGGUCCAGUUGGCCCCCGGGGUCCAAAAGGAGAGCCAGGAGAGAAGGGGAGCGCCGGACUCCCAGGUAAAGACGGACCCCCCCAUGUGUUUAUCUGGAACUGGAAACAAACUAAAGGAGAAGUUGGAGCUCCGGGGAAGGAUGGUCUGUUGGGUCCUCCUGGGAAACCCGGAGAACCGGGACCAAAAGGAGAUCCAGGGGAGAGAGGAGCCAGCGGACCCCCCGGCGAGCCUGGCACACCCGGAUUGAAGGGGGACAGAGGGAACGCCGGUAUGACGGGAAAUCCAGGUCUUCCUGGAAUAUCCGGCGAAAAGGGGGAGAAAGGAAGUACAGGGCCAAAAGGAGAUUUGGGGCAGAAAGGCGAACGAGGAAUAACAGGGUUGCCCGGGAGUCCCGGAGCCAAGGGUAUCACUGGUCCAGUUGGCCCCCAGGGUCCAAAAGGAGAGCCAGGAGAGAAGGGGAGCGCCGGACUCCCAGGGGCCCCUGGGCCGCCGGGCACCAGCGGAGGAUCAGCUGCCAUUGUUCGCAUCAUCGGCUCCUCCAGACGUGGCCGCGUGGAACUUUAUCAUGGCAGAGAGUGGGGGACGAUCUGUGAUGACAGCUGGGAUAUAAAUGACGCCAAAGUGAUCUGCCGGAUGCUGGGAUUCAGACGAGCUCUGGAGGCGUUCACCGCAGGUGGAGGUUCUGGGAAGAUCCUGCUGGACGAUGUGAGUUGUUCGGGGAAUGAAGCCUCCAUCCUGGAUUGCGUGAAAUCUGACUGGGAGAAGCACAACUGCCAGCACAGCGAGGAUGCGGGGGUGUCCUGCGAGUGACACUCAACAGGAGGCCACGAGGAGGCUGAAUGAUUUUCCCUGUUAUGCAAUUAGUUACAAAAUGGGCCAAAAAAAAUGUCACAUUAACCCCUUCGUGUUCAGCCUUAGAAUCUGUACCUGGCCCCCGGGGGCCCUGCCUGGACAGGCUGGUUAUUCUUCCAGAUGGGUGCCACGGGUCGCGCUCUCUUUAUUAUGUUAUUUUUCCUGUUUUUUUGCCGUAUAUUUGUCCCAAACUGCAAAUUUCAGUAAAA